AUGCCCGCAAACGUGCACGUAUCGAGGAUGGCCUCGGUCCGUCCGAUGUGCUGCGCGCGGCCCGUGGCCAGGCCCACACGCGCCACGGGUGCUGCGCGCACCCCGCUGCCUUCCGCGCCGGUGCUCGCGCGCACGGGCAGGGUUCAGCGUCUCGCGGCGACUCCGGAACAAGUGGAGCUUCCGUCCGAUGAGCACAUCACGGACGCGGACCGCGCUCACGUCCGGCGCGCCCUCGAGCUCGCUCGCACGGCAGAGGGCAAGACCUACCCGAACCCGCUCGUCGGCUGCGUCCUGGUGUCCCCCGACGGCGAGGUCGUGGGCGAGGGAUUCCAUCCCAUGGCAGGCAAGCCCCACGCCGAGGUGUACGCGCUGCGUGCCGCGGGCAACAAGGCCGAGGGCGCCACAGCCUACGUCACGUUGGAGCCGUGCAACCACUUUGGGCGCACCCCGCCUUGCAGUCGCGCGCUCGUCGCCGCCAAGGUCGCGCGCGUCGUCGUGGGCAUCGUCGACCCGAACCCCCUGGUUGGUGGGCAGGGCGUGCAGACGCUGCGGCGCGCCGGCAUCCAGGUGGAGCGCGUGGGGGGCGAGGAGGAGAAGAUGUGUCACGACAUCAAUGCGGACUUCAUGGAGCGCAUGAGGGCCGAGGCGGAGAAGGCCGCCCGCAGCUAG